AUGUCUGAGUCAAAUGAAGCAACUCUACGAGAGAGGAAAGAUGCUCAAGAAGACAACAAUUUCGAACACGAUGUUGAAGAAUUCCCAGAAGGAGGGUUUGGCUGGCUAGUUGUCCUCGCAGAAUGGCUAAUAAUGGCGUGCACUUUUGGAAUGGUGAAUAGUUUUGGUAUCUAUCAAACUUAUUAUCAAACCCAAGCAUAUCCUGAUGAGACUGCCUUUAAAAUAAGUGUUAUUGGAGCAUUACAACCCUUUUGUAUCUACAUCUUUGCAAUCCCAACUGUCACAAUGCUUCAUUAUUUGGGAUCUAGAGUAACUGUUGGGAUUGGUGCUUUAAUCCAGGUUUUCAGUUUCAUGAUGAUGUCUUUAACAACAGAUCUUUGGCAAUUAUUCAUAACACAAGGUUUAUUAUUUGGUAUGGGUGGUGGAAUAAUUUACUUGAGUGGAAUGACAGUUGUUAUGCAAUGGUUUAAGAAGAGAAGAGCAAUGGCUAUGGGUAUUGUUUCAUCAGGUUCUUCUUUGGGUGGUGUUUAUUGGCCAAUUGCUAUCAGAAGAUUGAUUAACGAAGUUGGCUUUGCCUGGACUAAUAGAAUAAUAGGUUUCAUUUACAUCCCAUUAGGUGUUCUUAUGGUUGUGUUUUUAAAAUCAAGACUAUCAUUAAAACAUGACAUACCAAAAGGAAGUGGGAAAAUCAAACGUGUAUUCAUGUUAAAAUUAAGCGUAUUAAACAACUGGAGAUUCUUGGUUUUAACUUUUUCAAACUUGAUUGGAAUGUUUGCCUUGUUUCCUGGCUUAUUCUACAUUGAUCUUUAUGCUGGUAAAUUGGGCAUCAAAGUUGGAAGUUAUCUUUUCAAUCCAGAUUACAUUUUAUCAGUAUUGAAUGCAGCUAGUCUUGUUGGAAGAAUUGUUCCUGGUAUAAUGGCUGAUUAUUUUGGUAGAAUGAAUGUUUUGUUCCCAUUUCUAAUAUUAUCUGGUGUUUCACCUUUAGCUCUUUGGUUAACCUCUGAGAAUUCAAAUGGUUUAAUGAUUGCUCAUGUGGUAUUGUUUGGUAUUGGUUCUGGAGUUUUCGUUUCCUUAUUUCCAACAUGUGUCACUCAAUUAUUUGGUGUUCAAGAUAAUCAAAGUAGAAUUUCAUUGUUUUUCGCUAUUGGUGGUAUUGGGGCAUUAUUUGGCCCUAUAAUUGGGGGAAGUUUUUUGCCUUUACAAGAUCGAGAAUCUGGUAAUUUAGAUGGGUUCAACAAAUUGGCAAUAUUCGUUGGUGUAAUGAUGCUUGGAUGUGCUGCGGUUGAAUUGUUUCUAAGAGUCGUUUAUUCUAAAAAGGCUUUCCAAUUUAUUUAA